UCAUGCUGCUGCCAGGUCCAGAGUCUCUCAUGGGUCCCUCUGCUGCCAGGGCCCCUAAUCUGCCAUGGGCCCCUAUACCGCCUCCUCAUGCUGCUGCCAGCUGUCCAGAGUCUCCUCAUGGGUCCCUGUACGCCUCCCAUUAGCUGCGUCUCCAUCGCCACACUCUGCCAAUGUGCCACUUUCAGGUCUCCCUCACACUGCUGGGGGUUCCAUUUUUUGUCAUAGGGUGCUGGCAGAUUACGGGCCUCCCAUAGCUGCUGCCAGGCCCCUAAUCCUGCCAUGGGCCCCUGUACCGCUCCUCAUGCUGCUG